AAACAGUACAGUACUACAACACACACAACAUAAGGAAAAUGUACAAUGUUUGUCAAACCCAAAAGGAGAUUCUAAAAUUCCAAUUCAUACAUUUAUUAUUAUUAUUAUUAUUAUUAUUAUUUUCUCAAAUUGCAUAAAUGCUUUUUUUUUUUUUUUUAAACUUCUUGAAGGAAAUGAAAUCUUUUAGAAAAAGAGAAAAAAAAAAAAGGAAAAAGAGAGAAAAUUUUCUUUGAACGUUGGUCUCCUCAAGAAGAAGACUUUGUGGUUCUUCGUAGAACGUGGGCCCAAGAUAGCAAAGCCCAAUGAGAAACCGAGAGGAAAGAAAUUGAAAUUUUGAAAAAUGAAUUGGUUGAAGAAACAAAGGGAAUCCAAGGUGACUUGUGGAUGGAGAGUCCCGGUACCCGGUAAAAAAAAAAAAGAAAGAAAGAAAAGAAAAGAAAAGAAAAGAAAAAUGGAAACCAUCUGGGACCCACUAACCCCACCACCUCACUCAAUGACUUUUGCAUUAAAAGCUGAUAAAGGUCAACUCUAUCCCACUGUCUCCAACUAAUAAUAUCUUGUCCUUUUUCUCUCUCUAUUCCCGAUUUUACCGAGUCCUCAAUCUAACGGCUAUUCUCAACCCUUUUGACCUUAUCUAUCUCUCCCACAAAUUUAAAACCCUUCUCUCAACUUCUUCACCCUUUUAAACAGAAGGGUCAAACCUGCUGACAAUUUCCUCUUACGUGCUGCUUUCUCAUUGGUUUACGCCUUUGACGGCAGACGGACCACAAUCGACCGGUCAGUUGCCCGAGAGGGCAUCAGUUUGACUCCAAUCCUUUCCUUCCCCCUAAUUCUUUUAUCAUCUUUUCUCUUUUUCUUCCUUUCCUUUCUCCCUUUUGCUUUCCUCGUCACCAGUUUCUUCUUCUCUCCCAAUUUCACAUCCUUUUUUUUUCUCCCUCGAUAUAAAUACUUCGUUUAUUUUUCCCUCUGUUUUCCAUUCCAUAUGCUCCUUCUUAACAAUAACAUGGCUGUGGAGCUCAUGGUGGGAUUUGGGGAUGCUACAACUUCUAAUAAUUUCACCCCUAAGAUGGAAGAAAAUGCCGCUGUUUCUGCUGUUCAAGAAGCCGCUUCUGCUGGGAUUCAAAGCGUCCAGAAUUUCCUCCGAUUGAUGUCCCAUACAACUAAUCAGCAACACUCCCAAGACGAUUCUUCUACUUCCACUACUCCUAAUAAUGGAUAUGAAGCCGUCGCCGAUUCCGUCGUUAAUAAAUUCAAGAAGGUUAUUUCUUUGCUCGACCGGAACAGAACCGGCCAUGCUCGUUUCAGAAGGGCUCCGGUUCUUAGUACUACUACUACUACUACUCCGCCGCCUCCUCCUCCGCCAAAGGUCAAGCUGCAGCAUCAAGAUCCGAGUUCGUCGUCUCCGAUUUCAGUACCUCCGAUUCAAGUAAAGAAACAAGAAUCAGUUUCCGCUUUUAAGGUUUAUUGUCCAACGCCUUCAUCUGUUGUGCGUUUGCCUCCUCUGCCUCACAACAACCCCCAUCAGCCGUCUCAUCCACCCAAUACCUUUCAAGCCCAGCAAAAUACUUCGUCGGUGGUACUCAAAAAUGGGUCUGUAGAUAGAAAAGAUGCGACUACCACCAUCAAUUUUGCACCCUCGCCCCCAAUUUCCGCUGCAAAUUCGUAUAUUUCAUCGUUAACUGGAGACACCGAAAGUUUACAACCAUCUCUGUCAUCUGGGUUCCAGUUCACCCACAUGUCCCAGGUCUCUUCUGCCGGAAAGCCCCCUCUUUCAUCCUCUUCGUUAAAGAGAAAAUGCAAUUCCAUGGAGGACUCCGCCAUGAAGUGUGGCUCAUCAUCCGGUCGGUGUCACUGUUCCAAGAAGAGCAGGAAAAACAGGAUAAAAAGAGUCAUCAGAGUUCCGGCCGUUAGCUCAAAACUUGCGGAUAUCCCACCAGACGAUUACUCCUGGAGAAAAUAUGGCCAAAAACCCAUCAAAGGAUCUCCUCAUCCAAGGGGAUAUUACAAAUGUAGCAGUCUGAGAGGAUGCCCAGCACGGAAACACGUAGAACGUGCCUUAGACGAUCCAACAAUGCUGAUUGUAACUUACGAAAACGAUCACAAUCACGCCCACUCCACCGAAACACCUGCACCGCUUGUUCUCGAAUCAUCAUAAUAGUCAACUCAUCCAACGGCCACAAAUCUCCAUCAAUAUUAUAUAUAUAUCAAAAAACAAAAUAUAUAUAAUUUGGAAAGCUACAGGUUAAAAUUAUAGGGACCAAUAGUCAACUCUACGGCUUCAGCACCGUCUCCAAGAAGAUUAGUGGGUGCGGUGCGUUGUGCUGUCCGUCUAUAUAGAAAAUUAGGGAUAUGCCCCUUUGUGUUCCUUCUCUCUCUCUCUUAUGAAGGUUUUUCUUUUUUUUUGGGGAUUUGGAAAUUUGAAGGGUGUGGGAGUGGGAAGACGGAAGGCAUGGGACGGUGGGAUUUGGUGGGUGUUGAGUCACGCUACUUAGUGGGCCUUUUUGUUUUUAUAAACUUUCAUAUGCUCUCGAAUAUUAAUAUUCCUUCAGAAUUUUUUUUUUUUAUCUUUAUAUCAUAUUGGAUUAGAUGGUGGAUUUAUUAUAUAUAUAUGUAUGUAUAAACAACAAACAAAAUAUCCCACCUUUAUUCCUUCCUCCA